AUGUCCAGCACGGAGCGCUGGGAAAGCGACGCCCUUGCUUUUCUCCAUUUACUCCUGGACUUACGCUCCCAGGGCUCUGGAGGCCAAACGCUACUGCAAGCCGUGCGGACGCUUCUCGAGCUGCCACCAGAUGUGCUGCAGAAUGAGAACGUCCAGACAGAGCCUGUGACCUUAGCCAGCCUGAUAACACAGCUGCGGAAGGAUUUCCAAGAAGCUUGCAAGCCGACGAAUCCACCAUGGUCUCGCAACCUUCAGCAGCUUUUCCGUUGGAUUGAAGAGCAUGUAGAAGUCCAAACGUGUGCUGUGCAGUUUGGCCACCUUUCCUGGAUUUUUGCCCAUGGAACAUCGGAGCGAGACCAUUCAAAGCCAGCCGAACAAGCUGAAAGUGCUGUGUCGGUUGAUGACUUUCUUGGCUCCUUGAGUCGGACCGAUGAGUCAGGGCUGGCAGGGGUUACUUUGGACCAUGAUCCGCGCUUCUCCAAGCUGCACAUGAAUCAGAAGCAUAUGUUCUUUGUCAGCAUACCUGUCGCGCUCUACGUGCGGAACACGCCACAUCUGUACGAGGUGACUUCUCGGAUGCGCCAUUUGCGGCUCUCGGCAUCUGCCGGCAUUCCGGAACAAGCACGUAGCCUGGAAAUGCUCGAGGUAUUGGACACGGGCGAUGGGACACCCUAUUCAUGCCUUGUAUACUUCUUGACAGCAGCAUUGCAAGCACUUUUUGCUGUUUGCCGCCAGCAUGCCAGAAACCGUGUGGUCCGCCCAUCAGUCACAUCAGAUCUCUUUCCAGCUGUCGACCUUCGCCCGCUGCAGCCACUCUCUGGUUCUGCACCUGAAGGGCUCCUCCCUGUGGAUCUGACUGGCUCGCUGCUCUUUCGCGGCUUGUGGGUGCCAGAACACAUCGAUGAGGAGGCUGCCCGACUCCAAUGGUCUUUCAAUUCCUUUUCCAGAUACCUCUGUGGCGCUCUUCAUGUCCUGAACUUCUACGCUUCUUCUCAUGCGAGGGUUUCCAGCAUCGCAAGAUCGCACCGGCACGUGCUGCUGCUUGUUAUGCGGCGUUUUGCCCAGAUGCGAAUGCCUGUGUUUCAGACACAAGAUUGGGCUUUUCCAGUGCAGUUCUUCAAUGGCUUCAACGGGCGUGUGGAACACGAGUUCGUCCUUCCUCCAUUCGUGGAGUAUACCUUCGAGGAAGACCUCGAGAUCUGCAGCUGUAUGCCAGGACAUGAACAGGAGCAUCGCUUCGCGGAGAUCAGCAAGCGAUGGCAGCUGAGGAGGCCUGUGAUGGAAGAGGUCCCAGAACUUCGUGACCUUCUCUGCUGUACCACAGUCCCACUUCGGAAUCCCCACGUGGAGGCGCAGAUGGAAUUUUGGAGCAAGAACAGCACGCUGGGAGAGGGCGCUGUGACCGCCAUGCUCGGAGCCCCGCUGUGGGCCUCGAUGCGCGCUGCCUCCACAUUCCCACCGGCACAGAAAGUCACGGUGCGAUUCAUACAAAGCAUGCGCCUGGCUCCUGGUAUGGAGCGGCUCUUCCAGGCGCAGGUGGAUCCGUCAUCCAGGAUUGCCAUGUUCUCCCUUCGGGCUUUCAUCUACUUCUUAGGCAUGACCCAGCUCAUUUACGGCCGCGUUCGUCAUAUCUGCAAAGCUAUCAAGGAUGGGGAUUUGGUUAGCAUUGCCAACGUACCGAUCCCCAAACGAAUGGUCGACAACUGGCGUGAGCCGGUAUCUUGCCUACUGGCAACGGGACUGAUCGUCAUGUUUUUCAUCGAGCCUGUGCUGUCCUGCUUGCAGCACUAUGAAGGGGACUUCGAGGGUGCAGGUCGCUUUACCGAUCUGUGUCCAGAGGCGAAGGGCGUCCGCGAGGUGUACUCUGUCCUCUCUCUGUUCAUCGUGGUUCUCUACAUGGCCUUGCUUCUGGACCUUGCGGCCUUAUCGGUAAAGCUCAAUGCGUAUGUCCUGGUGGCAAUCAACGUUUUGCCAGAGCUUCUCCUGCUCGUCUCUGCAGUUACGUUCCUGGCGGUCAUGUUUGCCACGUGCGUGGCAGUUAGCCACACUUCAGCCGACGCCUUCAAAGACAUGCCGACGGCUGCCAUGCGCUUCUUCCAGAUUGCGGCAAGGAUGCAAGACAACCGAGGAAUGCAAGAGUUCUCGACAAUCCCUUUGCUGAUGGUGGCGCUCGGUCUGUUCGUGGUUGCAGUCGUAUUCGGCGCCUUUAACAUCUUCGUGGCUCAGUUGACGUGCGCACACCGGGAGAUCUAUGACAGCAUGGUUGGCUAUUCCAUUCUGAGGCGGAUGCAGGUAUCGAUAGACACUAUGCAGACGCUUCGCAGGAGCAGUUUCAAGGAGUUUGUAGCCAACCUCGUGAUGGACGAGCCUCUGGAGUUCGGCGAAGGUGACAUUGGCUUGCCUGGUGGUGUACAGAUCAUGGAAGACGCAUCCUCACAUCCGCAGAACAGGGAGAGCAUCCUCAGGUUUGGUGGUUCCACAGAGGAAACUAUGCAGUGGCCCAAGGAAGAAGCCCUUGACCUGAGCGGAGAGGACGUCAGGAUGGACCGCUUGAUCAAGAAGUUUGACAAGUCCUUACUGAGGGUAGCCAAGAUGCUGAAGAAGAGAGGGUUCUCAAGCUACACCUCUGCUGUGACCAAUCGGAUCGGAGCCUCGAAACUGCCGACCCAAAGCACAGCGUGA